AUGGUCAAAGCAGGUCAGUCGAGUCUCGGUCCUCCUUCUCCCAUCCCCGCACUUCCUAGGGUUGAGAUGCUGCUGGCUGCAUUUUUUGCCGUUCUCCGAGGAGACUCCAAGGUCACUGGCCAAGUAACCUUCGAGCAAGCCGACGAGAACUCUCCUACCACCAUUAGCUGGGAUAUCACCGGUCAUGACCCAAAUGCCGAGCGAGGCUUCCAUAUUCAUCAGUUCGGUGACAACACGAAUGGCUGCACCAGUGCUGGACCUCAUUAUAACCCACAUGGAAAGACACAUGGUGCUCCAUCCGACACUGAACGUCACGUUGGUGAUCUAGGCAACAUCAAGACCGAUGCCCAGGGAAAUGCAAAGGGCAGCGUCACCGAUAGCUUGAUCAAGCUCAUUGGUGAACAGAGCGUCCUAGGUCGCACUGUUGUCACCCAUGCUGGCACCGAUGAUCUCGGCCAGGGCGGGACCGAGGAGAGCAAGAAGACCGGCAGCGCUGGUCCACGACCCGCCUGCGGUGUCAUUGGCCUCGCCGCAUAA